AUGGUGCAUGGACACUCUAAACCCGAACCGAAAGCUGACAACGAUAUGAAGGACAAAUGUGAGGAGAAAGUACCUCCGCUUGUGGAUCCCUGGGGGCGACCUCUGCCUGGGUGGCCUCCGUUUGGUUAUAAGAAUGUACCACCUCCCCCUGUGUGUCCUCCUCCGCCUGUGUGUCCACCUCCGUAUGGUGAAAUCAUCACACCGCCUCCGCCUGUGGAACCACCUGCACCACCACCGCCUGGUAUACCACCUCCGCCUGGUGAAAUCAUCAAACCGCCUCCACCACCACCGCCGAAGGAUACCACCGGACCUUGUCCGCCUGAUACAUGCGAUCCGUGUCCGCCAUGUCCUGAUCUAUGCAACAACUUCCAGAUGGAUGAUUGUGUUUAUAUCUUAACCUACAAUAACUUCGAUGAUUUUGCUACAAUGUGUCCCACAUUCGUUGCGAAUUUUUAUGUCGACUGGUGUGAUCACAGCAUGUAUAUGACUCCCGUUUACCAGAGAGUGGCAAAACGAGUGAGUAUUCCGAUGGCGAAGAUUGACGCCGAGAGGAACAGCGCAAUUACCAAUCGUUACCAUUUACGAGGGUAUCCAACAUUGAUGCUCUGGAAAGAUCGCAAGGGACCGUAUCAAUACAUUGGCAAACCCUGUGAAGAAGAGAUCGUGAAUUGGAUCGGAAGAUACGCUGGUAACGUGUGGACGUAUAGAAGAAGAGAGGCUGCUAAUGAACAAAUGAGGAUGUUCAUCCCUGAUCGCCCUGCUAAUGUUGUCAACAGGAGAGGUAGUCGAUCACCCUCAGUUCCUGGUGGAGGAAACAAAAUGAGUUAA